AUGCAGGGCCCGAUCGUCGGAACUAGAUCUACUACUGUAAAUCGCGCGGAUCCUGGAAGACUAGAAGAUCAUAAAUAAAUAUGGAAUGGAAAAAAAAUCUGCACUGCGGUGGAACAAGCUGUUAGAUAGAGCGCAAGAUUCAGUCAGAGUCAUCCUUGGUGGGGGAGGUUAACAUGGGAUAAACACAUCCGGCGGCUAUAUCGAUGACUCUGACUGGGGGGAGAUAAGGGCGGAGACACAUACCAAUCAAUCUGGUGGCCAGAGCGGUGAAGCAUGGGAAUUUCUUCCAGCAACGAAGGGCGAUAAGACAGUUUUCCAGGAAGAAAGAAUGGGAGAGGAACAAGAGUCCAAGUGCACGGAUAAUAUAUAAUAGAUCACAACAAGUGAGGAGCAGCAAAGGUACCCGAACGAGUAACGAGUAGGUGACGGCGGAGCACGUCAGGAUGUUCUCGAACUCCGGUCGAUGCGAAGGUCUGGACUUCCCGGCGGGCACGCACCAGGCAGCUGCGUGUGGCGCGUGCGUGGCUUUCCUGUGGCUAGUGUGCCUGGACGGGCGCCUGACAGCCUUGCUCGCUCGUGAUUGCCUGAGGCUGCCGAAAGCGGCAGAGUCGAGAACUCCGGAUGGCCCGUUACAGAGCCCACUCGACACGCAACGCUCCCGAUAUGGUGACGCGAAGACAGGCAGAGACUCUGUACGCGAGGGCAGACCUGUCCUCUCGCCGGAACAGAUCUUCCUCCCCAGACACUGUGAGUGUGGCCUCGAUCUUCGGUUCCGCCGCCUCCUAACUCAGCAGCGUGGAGACCUGUUAGAGGCGGGCUGGUCCACACAACGAUGUCUAUCUAUACUUAGAUAUGCGCAAUUCCCCGUUGGAAAUCGAGAUGCGGUCCGAUCUCCCGCUUUCUUCUUAUCCGCAGAACAUGAAACGAGUCAGCCUUGUCUGUAACCGAGAGAAAAUGCGAUAAUAAUAACUGAAGAAGCUCUAGGAGUUGAUGGACUGCUACAUUGUGCCAUUAUCGCUUUCUCUUUAUUUAUUAUUACUGCGGAUGGCGUGGUCGGCAUGCAUCUUUCAAGUUCCUCGUUUUCCCGAUCAA